AUGAGCAUUCUCCAAUCCGCAAAAGUAGUAUUCCAUCUUGGAAUCUCCUCAUCCGACCCCAAGAAGAAGACCUUCAUCCACCUCUCUCCUUCUCACUGCAAAACAAAAGCGGCAGCAGCCAGGUCAAGAAGAACACCGGAGCGGGAGGACACCUUCGCAUGGAACAGCCUCAUUCAGAGCCAUCUGGCAAACAACGAGUUCCCUCUCGUCGUCUCCGCCUACCUCCAAAUGCUUGAGCACCGCGUUCCCCUCGACACGCGCACUCUGCCGCGCGUCCUCGAUGCCUCCCGCCUCAUGCGCGACUUCCCCCUCGCCAAGCAGCUCCAUGCUCAUUCUCUCAAGCUCGGCUUCUCUUCCCACCACUACGCCGUAACCGCCCUCAUUCACAUCUAUGCCGAUCUCGAUACCCUUCCCAUGGCCCAGAAGCUCUUCGACAACUCCCCUUCCCGCAAUGCCGUCUGCUGGACUCUACUCGCAAGGUUGUAUCUUCACGGCGGGAACCCCACCCUCGCCCUUGCUCUCUUCCAUCAGAUGCUGGCGUUGGAUGAUGGCGUUGCUGUCGACCACGUCGCGGUCGCAACGGCCUGCAGCGCCUGCGGGAUGAUGAGGUCUCUCCCUCAAGCAAGGAUUAUGCACGACGUUGCUAGGAAAUGCGGGUUGGAUUCUGAUGUUUUAGUGUGCAAUUCGCUGUUGAAGAUGUACAGUGAUUGUGAUAGCAUGAGCGAUGCCCGCUUGGUGUUUGAGAAAAUGCCUUGCAAGGAUGUUAUUUCUUGGACAUCAAUGAUUUGUGCUUAUGUCAAGAGAGGAGGAUUCAAUGAGGCUUUCAAGUUGUUCCGGGAGAUGAUCAGGGCUGGUUUCAAACCUGAUUCCCAUUCCAUCUCUGCUUUCCUUCCUGGGUGCGGAAGAAUCGCCUCACUCAAUCAGGGUAGAGAAAUUCAUGGCUACUUGCUUAGAAACGGGAUUCAUUCUAACCUCAGGGUAAACAAUGCACUUAUGGACAUGUAUGUAAAAUCCGGAUGUAUCACUUCUGCUUCCAAUGUUUUUGCUGGAAUUAACAAGAAAGAUACCAUUUCAUGGACCAUAAUGAUAUUGGGAUAUAGCUUACAUGGACAAGGGAAGCUUGGAGUUGAUUUAUUCAGGCAGAUGAAGAACUCAAAGGUGCUGAUAGAUGACAGUGCCUAUGCUGCUGCCCUUCUUGCUUGCAGUACUGCCCGCAUGGUUGAGGAAGGAAGGAUUUACUUCAAUCUUAUUAGGGUCCCCACGGUUGCACACUGUGCUCUGAAGGUGGUUCUGCUUGCGCAGUUUGGACUUUUCAUGGAGGCGAGGACCUUUAUUGAGGAAAGAGGGAUUGAAAAGCAUCCUGAGAUACUAAGGAAACUGCUAGAAGGCUGUAGGAUGAGUGGCCAAUACACUAUGGGGAAGCAAAUUGUCGAGCAGCUUUGUGAAUUGGAACCUCUAAAUGCUGAGAACUACGUCAUGCUUCUCAAUUGGUAUGCAGGCUCUGGAAAAUGGCACAUGGUGCAGAAGAUGAGGGAAACAAUUAGAGACAUGGGUUUGAAACCCAAAAAGGCUUAUACUUGGACAUUGUUCAGGAACAAAGUACAUGUAUUUGGAACUGGGGAUGUAUCUCAUCCAAGAUCAGAGAGAAUAUAUUCAGAAUUACAGGGUUUAAUUGAGAAAAUGAGAGCCAAAGGACUUGAACCAAAUUGGGAUUUCAGACUCCAUGAUGUAGAUGAAGAGAGGGAAUGCAUUCGGAUAGGGCAUAGUGAACUCUUGGCACUUUCUUUUGGGCUCAUCAGCUCUCAUGCUGGACCAGUACGUCUUGCGAAGAAUUCUCGGAUGUGUAAUGGUUGCCACAGUUUUGCAAAGUUUGUAUCGAAGAUGAUUAGAAGAGAAAUCAUCUUCAAGGACCCAAAUUUCUUUCACCAUUUUAAUGAUGGCCUUUGUUCAUGUGGAGACUUUUGGUGA